AUGUCUGAAAAAAAAAUAAGAAAGAAGUACCAUGAUAAAAUUGACUUCAAAUUGGAUCUUCCAGAUACAAAUAAUAAAAAGGAAAAAGCAAGAUAAAGUGCUAAAAAUACCAGAUAGAGAAAGAAGGCAUACAUUGAGAGUUUAGAGUAAAAGGUUUUAAAAUUAAUAAAAGUGUGAGGUGACUUAAUUGACUGCUCAAUUAAAUUAGAAUAAGAAAGUUGAAUCCAAACCUAGUUUGAUGUAGCUAAUGGAAUAAUUUUUAAUUGAUAGAAAACAAUAAUUUGAUAUGUUAGAGAAAGCAUAUCAAGAAGGAAAUGAGGCUAAUAUAAAAGUUAUUACAAAUUCAUUAAGAUUUAAAUAUGGUAUAUCAGGUUAAGGUCGUUUAAUGGCAAUUAAUAAAGUAUGUGAAUUACUUAUUGAUUUAUUAUUACCAAUGCAUAUGAGAUAUUUAUUUUGGGUUGCUUCAGAAAGUAAUCUAAUUUUUAAUAUUUUAGAUGUUGAUAUAUUCAAAAGAGAAAGAUAGUCGAGUGAGUUUUAUUCCUUUGAUAUGAGUGACAGUUAAAUAAAUUGCUUAAAUUCAUUUGGAUUAGACGAUGAUUAAAUUCUAAAAAUAUAAAAUAUGCAAUUAAUAAUACAAGAAUAAAGAUCAAAUUAUGAUAAUUUAAUUAUUGAGAUAUAUAAAAUACAACAAUCAAUUGUUAAAGAGAGUUAAAAAUGCUAAACUAUAGUUGAUGAAAUAUGGGAUGUUCUGGAACCAAAAUAAGCAGCAGGAUUAUUAAUUACAUUAGAUAAGGUAAAUUUAUUUUGUUAUAAUAGAGUCGGAUUGAAUAAUUUAGAGAGAAGAAAGUUUAUCCUGAUUGUGUAAUAUUAACAUUGUAAAAGAGAGCCAAAGAGGAAAUUUAAAGAUAAUAAUAAUUUUCCUAUUUUGAAAUGAAAAAAGAACAAAAAUAAGAAGAACUUGGAUUGAAUAAUUAUUUUUUAGGAGAUUAUAAUAAUUGA